GACGUCAUAAAAACGUUCAGCUUUGAACAAACUGUAAAGCGAGAAAUUCAAAAAAAUUGAAAGAAUCAAAAUAAGCAACCGAUGAUUUGUUAUUUACACCAACUCCGAAUAAAGUUUGCGAGAAAUUUCUUAUUUUCAUUUCCUUCACUCCCACGCGAAUCUGAAUGUCUGGCGCUAGGCAGCACCGUGAAUGGUGCUUGUUUUGAGCCUUUGAUGUCAUAAGUUUACCGAAAUUAUUAUACCGAAGUCCCUUUGACACUCAGGUUGUGUUCCAGUCACAGUUUUGUUUCUUGUGGGGUUUGUGUCUUCUUGAUUCUUGAUGGGAGGAGUGUUGGGAUGCGGUAACUGGUGUCGGGUAAAUAAGGAAAAAUCGGGGAUUAACACUUGAUUUUGGGCUGCGAGUGGUGUUUGCGUGUUCGAUCAUAGAGCAUUUGCUUGUUUGAUUUCUCUGAAGGACUAUUCCUGGCGCGUAGCAAAGUGAAAGAAACUGAAAAAUUUGAGUGCAGCCUGGCCAUUUGCUCUGUGCCUGUCAGAGUGCCAGGCUCCUUUGAGUAACAGCCAUGGCAGCAGAGGGUGGUGAGGAGCCAGCCGGAGCGGCACCAGCGGCCGAGACUGGUGGCCUGUGGGAGGCGUUCUGCGCAGAGCUCCAGAGUCCUGCCAACAUCCUGCUCAUCUGCGCCUGCCUCUACAUCGUCUACAAGCUGUGGGUGCGUCAGCGAGAGGAGCGCGCGCCGCCACCGCCGGCCGAGCCGCAGCUGCCACCGCUCAAACGUCAGGACUUCACGCUGGAACAACUCAAAGUGUACGACGGCACGGAGCAGUGUGACGGCCGCGUCCUGGUGGCCGUCAACUAUAAGGUGUUCGACGUGACCAGAGGAAAACGCUUCUACGGACCCGGCGGGCCAUACGCGGCGUUUGCCGGCAAAGACGCAUCCCGCGGCCUGGCCACCUUCUCGGUGGAGGGCGUCGACGACCGCUUCGACGACCUCAGCGACCUGACGCCGAUGCAGAUGGAGUCGGUGCGCGAGUGGGAGGCCCAGUUCACUGAUCGUUACGUAUACGUCGGUAAGCUGCUGAAGCCGGGAGAGAGGCCCUCUGAAUACACAGACGACGAGGAGGCGUCCGGCACGGCCGACAGCCCGCGGCCCGACCAGCCGUCCGGCGACAAGAAGACCGACUGAGUCGCCCCUCUCAGACCCGAGAGCGAUCAUCGAAUAGCCCGAGUGCGGGCGGCGACCGGCUCCGCUCGCGCGGCGUGUGGCGGCCGCGCAGUGGUGCGCGGUCCGUGUGCUGUGGGCGCCAGUGGUGAUGCCAGUGGUGCUGUCUCUGGUGCCGUGAGUGGUGCCGCCUCUCUGGUGUCGGCAGUGGUGCCAGUUUCCUCUGAUACGGCCCGGCCCAGCCGGAUGCCGUCUCGUUUUAUUGCGCGCCCGUCUAUGCGCCCCGGCUGUCUGCUGGCCCAGCCUGCCCCGUUGCUGUUCCGUUUGCGUUUCUUACAUUGUUCGUUUGGGGCAGGCCGCCGCUGUGUGUGCAUGAGUGAACACGUGACCGCUGGCCGCGCCGGCUGCGGCGCCGCGGCACAGGUCACGUGAUAUGGUGGCGGCCCUAGGGCAGAUAUUAAUCAGCUGAGCACCGCUCGCAGGCAGUUUCUGCAAAUAUAUUAUGUACUAUGGAACGAA